AUGUCCCACCUCAUCCCCUCCCGACAGCGCGAAAAACCCGGCGGCGACGAAGAAGCCACCACAAAACUCGAGCUCGGCGAAUUCAAAGACAUACCCACCCUCACCCUCUCCGAAGCCCGCCUCCUCAUCAACGCCGUCAUCGACCAUCGCAAACAGUCCCGCCAGUUCAACGAAACGGAGACCCUCAUCAAAACGCAAGACUAUCUCGACGUGUUCGCGCGGUUCAAGCAGAAAGAGAAUAUUGAGGCGGUGGAGAGGAUGUUGGAUCAGAGAGUAGAGCUAGAAUUCUUUGAGAGGAGUCAGUUGGGGAGUUUGUGUUGUGAGAGUAGUGAGGAGGCGAAGCUGUUGAUACCGAGUUUGGCGGAUAAGAUUGAUGAUGCGGAAUUGCAGGAGUUGUUGGAUGAGAUUAGUAAGUUGAGGAAUUUUACGGAGGGGUGA